GAUAAUACAAUAAAGAUAAUAUUAUUUCGAUAAGGAACUACUACUUUAUUAACCAUGAGUAGCGCAGACGAAAUUAGGGCAAAGAGAUUGGCCAAAUUAAACUCUGUAGCUGUUCCAAAUAAUCCAGAUCGAGCCAAUUCAAGGGAAAAUGUCCUGUCAACAUCAUCCAAGAAGCCAGUUGAAGUCCCUGCUCCAUCACCUGCCAAAGCAGGAAUAACUAAAAGUGUGAAUGUCACCUCGGAAUCUUCAUCAUCAAAUUCACCUCUUCCUUCCAAAAAGCUUUCCGCUACUUCAACUCCCUCCAUCAAAACGCCACUGUUAUCACCCGAAGAAGAAAUAUCGAAAUGGCUCAAACAAGAACUCGAGUCAUUGUUCCAAGCAACCCUUGAACAGUCCAAUUCAUCCUCGCUUGUCUACUUGGAAUCACUUGCAUCCGAUCUUGGUCUGUCACCACUCUCUGGGUCUCAUUUAGAAUCAUUAUUUAUGGAAAUCUUAACUGAAUUAGGAGUACCAGCUGCUAAAACUCCCUUUGAAUAUCUUUUCUCUGUUUAUCAGAAAUGUUUCCAAUUGAAAAGAUUCAUAUCGAAAAAAGAUGCACUCUAUGAAUCAAAGAUUUCUAUCCUUAAUGAAAUCAUUCAACUUUCUUGUUCUUAUGGUAUCAUAUCCUUCCAAGUGGAUGAUAUGUUCAUCAAUAAUGAUAUCAGAUCUAGUGUUGGCUUCAUUGUGCAUAAUCUUGACUGUUCUGGCUUUUUAAUCGAUAUUGUUAACAAGAGUGUAGAACAAGAAACUCUACUUGAAACAUUGGAUGUCAUUGUUCCUACCUUGAGUGGAAUGCUUUAUAAGAUUGAUCUUGACAAUAGAAUGUACUCCAAUUACUUGACCGUGUUUGAAACCCUUGUUUCGAUCAAACCAGUGGCAGCACAGUUUUCUCAGAUACAAGGCUUUCAACCACCUUCAAAAGACGAGGCCUUGGAUUAUGAGAAUAAAACUAUUUUGGGGUCCUUCUUAAGACUUUCUCCACUUUCAGAAGCAGUUGGUUCAUACUACUUUACCGAAAAUCUUAACAGUUUAUCCCCAAUUCAAAUUAAUUCAACAUAUGAAUCGAUUCAAAAUGAAAACAAGGUUUUAGUUGAUCGUCUCUUCUUCAUUGUGGAUAAACUUAUCCGUGGUUCCGGUCAAACUAAACAAGAUAUGACUCGUUGGUUUGCAAACUUGGUCAACCUUAACCAUUUACGUAGAGGAAGUCAUGCAGAAUUAAAGAAAUUAUGUUCUGAUGGAUUCAUGUUCAAUAUUUCUCUAGUUCUUAUUAAAUUGAGUUUACCAUUCUUGGAUUAUCCAAACUAUACCAAGAUUGAUAAAAUUGAUAUGAACUACUUUGCCAAUUGCGAUCUUGUUGAUAUAAGUGAAGAAUCCAGAGUUAACUCUUCCAUUCAAGAGGCAAAUGAACAACAAAGUUCAGAUUCUGAUUCUACAAACUUUAUAUCUGACUGCUUCUAUUUGACUUUGGCCUACUUACAUUAUGGUAUUGGGGGAAUUUACCUUCAUUAUGAUAGACUUAAGCAACAAAUCAAACAAACAGAAUCAAGAGUUGAGAUGGUUGAAAACAAUCAGAUUCCUCCUGGAGCAAAUCCAAUGAUGAUGCAUCUUUUCCGUAAUCAGUUACCUCAACUUAAAAAGUCGGUCAAUUCAUUGAAAUGUACCCGCCAUGCUAUUCAGGCAAUUUUCAACCAUCGUUCAUUACAAUUGGAUAUAUUUGAAUUUGUAGUUGGUGCCACUACUUAUUUCACAAGACUCAUCGACCCUAAACAUACUUACCCGAAGACCAAGUUACAAAUUCCAUUGUUCAGUAUCGAUCGGGUUUCUCAACUUGAUGAUCAAGAAUUCUUACAAACUAAGACUCCUACUCCUUGGAAAUUCUUCCCAGAAUUUAUCUUGGAGGGAAUCAUCAAUUAUUGCACAUUUGUCUCUAAAUUCAGGGGUUCUCCUCUUGUACAAAAUCCAUCUAAACUUCUGUUAUACGUUGAAUUUUCAAUUAUUUUGUUGCGUUGUCCCGAGUUAAUUGGUAAUCCACAUAUGAAGGCCCAUUUGGUUGAAGUUUUGUUCAUUGGCUCCUUGCCAAUGUCUGAUGGUAGCUCUGGUUUCAUGGCACCAAUUUAUGAUACAAAUAAAUUGGUCAGAGAUAACCUUUUGUACUCGUUAUUAGACUUUUAUGUCAUGGUGGAAAAAACUGGUGCAUCAUCCCAAUUCUAUGACAAAUUUAAUAGUAGAUAUUAUGUUUCAGUUAUCUUGGAAGAAUUAUGGAAGAAUGAAUUAUACAGACAUCAAUUGUCAAGUUAUUCCAAGAAUAAUGUUGAUUUCUUUAUUAGAUUUAUUGCAAGAAUGUUGAAUGAUACCACUUUCUUAUUGGAUGAAACUUUUAAUGAGUUGAAUCUGAUUCAUAACUUUCAACAAGAAUUGAAAAGAAGAACUAUUGGUGGUGGAGAACCAAAUACUGAAUUGGGAACGGAUGAAGAAUUGGCUGAGAAUUUAAGUUCAGCUGAACGGAAAGCCAAGUCUUAUAUGGGCUUGUCGAAUAAAACUAUGGAGCUCUUUAAGUUGUUUACUAAGGAAGUCCCAUCUGGGUUCGUCUUACCGGAAAUUGUAGAUAGACUUUCUAGUAUGUUGAACUAUAAUUUGGCUGCAAUGGUUGGUCCAAAAUGUUCACAACUUAAAGUCGAAGAUCCUAAAAAGUAUGAUUUUGAACCUAUACGUACUUUGACCGAUCUAUGUUACAUUUACUCCAACUUAUCUUCUGAAGAUAAAUUCAUAACAGCCGUCGCUAGAGAUGGUAGAUCUUUCAAAUACGAACUAUUUGUCAAGGCUGAAAAUAUUUUAACUACGAGAACAUAUACCACUCCAGCACUUUUAAAUACAUUGAGAGGAUUUGCGCAAAAGGCUGAAUCAAAGAGACAAGAAGAUGAAGAUGAAGAGUUGGAACUUGGUGAAAUUCCUGACGAAUUCUUAGAUCCUCUUAUGUUUACAUUAAUGGAAGAUCCAGUCAUAUUACCAGGAUCUAAAAUCAGUAUUGAUAGAUCUACAAUCAAGGCACAUUUAUUGAGUGAUUCUACUGAUCCGUUCAAUCGUUUGCCAUUAAGAUUAGAUGAUGUUAUCGAUGAUACUGAUUUAAAAAAUAAAAUAGAAGCUUUCAAGAAACAGAAAAAGUUGGAGAAUACAGAUGUUGAAAUGGCUCUUUAA